AUGCAUGAGCCAACACCGCCACUACUCACCCUGCCACCGGAGCUGCAGAUUGAAAUCGCAGAACUCGUCGACAGCACGUCGCUACUCGCAUUGCGACAAGUCAACCGCGAACUCGCCGCCAACACCUUUGAAGUCUUUGGUCGGCGCUUCUUCUCCUACAACCGACAUGCCACCACCAACCACUCCCUCAGAGUCCUGCGAGACAUCACCGCUACGCCUGAACUUGCGCGACACUUCAAGAAACUCGAAUUCAUCGCCAUAGGCACGGGCCUCGAGUAUGACGAGUACAGCAGCAUGCCAGGCGCGUAUCCGCUGGAGACAGAUGAAGCGGGACCUUGGCGUCGGGAGGUCGACGAUGCGUACGGAUGGCAGGAUAGUGGCGUGCUCCACGACAUCUUCGAGAACCUCGCCCGCACACCCGGCAACCAAUGUUUGACCAUCGAAUACCGCAAGUAUCGAACGAUCGGUGCCUUCCACCUCGCACAGGCCACUGAUGACCAACCCACGGCUCCCGAUUCAACUUUGCCGGAAGCCAAUCUCGCACACGUCUACGGACUGGUGACCUACCAGAACAACGUCCGACCGUGGAUUGAUGAGUGGGAAGUCCGGGGCCAGUCUCCACUCAAUAUCGUCCAAGCCAUUCUCGAAGCGCUGUUCAAAUCGAGCUACCGACCCUCAGGGCUCGCUCUGUCAAUCCCUAGUACGGGCAUCAUGCGUCAAGGCGUUGAUUAUACCGACACGUGGAUCACUCGUCUGUCAGCCAAGGAACGCGAGGGGCUCAAUCAGGUGUGCCGCAGACUCAAGAAUUUCGAACUGAACCUCCACGACGCUGGGAGUCUUUCUCCCACCGUCCAGCGACUUCUCCCAGAAAUGUCGAAUCUCCGCUGCCUCAGUGUCUCCAGCACCAGCACCCCCGUCCUGGAGACCAUUGCCCGCCACCUGGCCACCAAGUCCCUACAGAAGAUCCACUUGACCAACGUGUUCGGCCCACCAGAAGGUUUGCAAGCAUUCCUCAGCCACUACACCAGCAGCUACGAGGAAAUCCUGCUUGACUGCAUCCUGUUUUGGACUCCAAGCAGCAGGAAAGUCUUCGAAUACAUGAUACGCUCUUACACCAAGCUCCAGAUCUUCAAGGUGAGACUUCUGGUGGUGCACAUAGACCAUGGACAACUGCCGUGGCAAUAUCAUGCGCAGAAUCUCCGCCUCUACAAGGAGGAGUCUGAUGCGGUCUACCAUACUUACCGAGGAGAGGAGAAGAUCAAAGGGGCGCUAUCCAUGGCUGGGCAGCCAGAUUGGUUGUCUUCUAACUGA